AUGAGCGUGGUGAAGACGGCUGAAAUUGCGACUGGUGAGGAGAACCACCGAGAAUGUCCGAUGCCGAGAUUAGGCGAAACUGAGGACACCUUUGGACUGAGUGUCCUUGAACUCUGCAUGCCUGACACUUGCCGAGAUAUCCACGAGAGGAGCCAGAGCACACAUAUCCCUAUAACACAUAUUCCUAUAACACAUUCAAUAAUUCCUGAGUUUGUUGGAAGGGUACCCAUCUUAGUGAGCUUAUAUGCUUUAAACGAAGAUCAGCUCGUGCAGGUUCUCAUGGAACCCAAAAAUGCGCUGGGCAAACAGUACAAGAAGCUGUUUAGCAUGAACAGUGUUCAAUUGCUCUUUACUGAAGGAGCAACCAGGAUGAUUGCAAAGAAAGCGAUGUCCAAGAACACCGGUGCGCGUGGCUUACGAUCUCUAUUAGAAAGUAUUCUCACGGAAGCAAUGUUCGAGAUACCGGACAGCAUCACAGAAGGGUCUCAUGGUAUAAGAGCAGUUCUGGUAGAUGAAGAGGCAGUUGGUUCGGUUGAAACACCAGGGUGUGGUGCAAAAAUUAUCAAGGGAAAUGUUGAGCCAGAACAUUUCUUCCAAGAAACAGAGUCGAAAGACUUCGAGGACAGUAGAAGGGAAGAUGGAGCAAAAAGAGCUCACAUUUUGUAACUGAACCGACAUUAGAUUUGCCAAUGUCCGAGGUUAUCGCAUCGUAUUCAGGCAGUUAAACCGGCGAAGCGUUCUCCUGGAAAAUCCUGAGUUCGAGUUCUACGAGAUUACUCUGAUAUUCUCAUAGCGUCCUUGAAGAAUGGAGGAAUAAGCCUUUUGUGAUGGUAAAGAUUCAAGCUUUUUCCAUGAUAAGCGAAU